GUUUUUGGGGACGACAUGAACGGCAUGGAUUCUGAUGAAGACUUACGGCGUGGAGCGGUGGAGUGGCUGCAGAUUAUUGAAGAAGGCGGUCGCCGUCUGCAAGAGGUCGUGGAUAUUCUGCUUGCCAGGGGGGUCAGUUAGGGACUGUAGGGGGAACGGUUUCACUGGCGCCAUGGUUGGAGGACAAGAUGCAGGCCAUGCUCGAUGUUAUUUGGGAAUUGGAGGGGCCGGCUCCUCCACUCGACGAGUUUGUAGAUUGGCAUCGAGCUGGCCUGCUUAUGCAUCGAUGCUACGACAUCUUUAGGAUAGGGCAGGAUCGUUGGGCUACUCUGAAGGAAGGAUUGCGGGGCUGCUCCGACGAAUUAACGCCGACAUUGCCAGCGACAACAAUUGAGGAGAUCAGUGGCAACAACAGCUUGUACAUCGACAUCGAAUGCGACGACAACGACAGCAACGACAUCAUCAACAGAGGCAACGAUGGCCUCAACAACAAUAACGAGUGCGAUGAUCAGGACAACAAUGACAUCAUCAACAGUUGCGGGGGUGGUAAUAACACCAACGAUGAUGCCGACAAAAACAACAACAACGACAUCAACAACAACGACAACAAUCAGUUUGAAGAUAUCAAUUGUAUCGAAGAUAUCAAUUACAGUUUUUUUGAGGUAACGAACGAUAACUGUGGACAUAAAAUCGACAAGAAAGAGAUCGACGACAAUAACGGUGCUACUGGGAUUGCCGGCGUCGCUGACAAUGAUAGCACCGAUAAUAUUCACAGUAACGAUAGCCAUGGAUGUGGCGAUGAGGCCAAGGAGGAUAUGGAGAUUAACCGCGGAUGCAGUGGGGCGUUCAUAACAGCUGUUUGGCAGCGGAUGGGCGUGGGGUAGUUCGUGGUGUGUGGAGUUGCCCGGUCCGCAAUUCCACUCAG